AUGUUGGCUGAGAGGCAACCAAGGACUUUGCCUAACAAUACAGAGUCCAACCCGAGAGAGCACAUGAAGGCUAUCACUUUGCGAUCAGGUAAGCAACUAUCUAGUUCUAUUCCUAUUACUGAUGAUGAUAAUGUUGUGCAGGUAGAUUUGGGUAGGAAAGAUGGAGAUAGCAAGGUGAUGGAGCUAGAGAAGGUAGAGGGCAAGAAGAAGAGGCCUUUAAGGGAAUACCAGCCCCCGAUCCCAUAUCCUACCAGGUUGAAGCAGGAGAAAAUGCCUAGGUAUGUGAAGUUCUUAAAAGAGAUCUUUACCAACAAGAGGAAGUUAGAGGACUUGGCGAUCGUGACCCUAAAUGAGGAAUGUUCGGUUAUACUUCAUAACAAAUUGCUAGAGAAGAAGCGUGAUCCAGGGAGUUUUACUGUCCCUUGUGUGAUUGGUGAUUUGACAAUUAGCAAUGCUUUAGCUGACUUAGGAGCUAGCAUUAAUUUAAUGUCGUGUAGUUUUUUUACCAAGUUGGAACUAGGUGAGACUAAACCCACUAGGAUGAGCAUACAGUUAGCUGAUAGGACUGUUAAGUAUCUUAGGAGUAUUAUAGAGGAUGUACUUGUUAAGGUCGACAAAAUUAUAUUUCUUAUUGACUUUGUGAUCAUGGACAUGGAUGGUGAGAGUAAUGUACCUUUGAUUCUAGGUCGACCUUUCCUUGCAACGUCUAGGGCUAUUAUAGAUGUUUGUGAUGGAAAGCUUGAACUUAAGGUAGGAGAUGAAACUGUCACUUUUGAUUUGAACAGUUCUAUGAGACAGUCCUUAUAUCAUGAUGAUACUGUGUUUUCUGUUGAUUUACUUGAUGAUGUUAUUGAUACACAAUUGCAGGAGAUAUUGCUUGAUGAUCCUUUACAAGUUGCCUUGCGGGCAGAGGAUGAGCAUGAGCUAUCCAAUGAGAGUGUGUUGGAGCAGCUUGCAUUUUUGUUAGCUAAUGAACCAAGCAAGAAUACUGAUAAGUUUGUUGAGAUUGACAGGGUAGGUGUGCAGAAAUUGAGGCCAUCACAUGAGGAACCACCUAUCCUUGAGUUGAAAGAGCUCUCAAAGCAUCUCAACUAUGCAUAUCUGGAUGAGGACAACAGGUUGUCUGUCAUUCUAGCAGUGGACUUAACACCCGAGGAAAGGGAGAUGACUUUAGCCUCUCUUAGGAAGUACUGGAAGACGUCUGCUUGGAAAAUUGCUGACAUUCUUAGGAUUAGUCCUAGCUAUUUCUAA